AUGCCGUCCCUACAAGAGAGCAAGCUGGCCUUCAUCGGCGGUGGCAACAUGGCCUCCGCCAUCAUCGGUGGCCUGGUCGCCAAAGGCAUCAACAAGCAGAAUAUCUACGUCUCCGAGCCAUGGGACGUCAACCGCGAAAAGAUCGCCGCCCUCGGAGUACGCACGACUACUUCUAAUAUCGAGGCUGGAGCCGAUGCCGAUUUGGUCAUCAUCGCCGUCAAGCCCCAAGUUACCAAGGGCGUGUGCGAGGAGCUCGGUAAUGCUUGGUCGCCGCGCGCAGAGCUGCCCGUUGUCCUCAGCAUUGCUGCCGGUAUCACUCUUGAUAGCAUGCAAGGAUGGUUGAAGACCACUGAUAACCGUAUCCCUCACACUGUUCGCGUCAUGCCCAACACCCCCGCCCUGGUGGGUGAGGGUGCCUCAGGCGUCUUUGCCAGCGCGGAUGUCACACCAGCCGAGAAGGAGCUUGUGAAUGCGGUUCUCGGAAGCGUGAGCCAGGCGACCGAGUGGGUGGAACGGGAAGCACUUCUCGAUGUCGUCACGGGGUUGUCUGGAUCGGGACCCGCCUACUUCUUCGCCAUGGUCGAACAUUUGGUCGCAAGUGCUACUGCUCUUGGUCUUCCUGAAGACCAGGCCACUCGUUUGGCUAGCCAGACAUGUCUUGGUGCAGGUAAAAUGCUGGCUGAGAGCUCUGAUAGCCCUGGUCAGCUGCGUAAAAACGUGACCAGCCCCAAUGGUACUACCUAUGCUGCUCUCCAGACAUUCGAGGCCCUCAACUUUAAGGAGAUUGUGGACAAGGCUGUCCAGGCUGCCACCACUCGGUCCGCUGAGUUGGGCGCCAAGCUAUAG